CACUGAUAUGGCAAUCAAUCGUGCAAUGCGUCGAUAUUUUUUACCUGCACCGUCACUCGCCUUCUUCGCUCUUUCCCUUUCUCCUUCCUCUUUCCUUCUAACGAUAUCCUUACGCCCUCAUGAAAAUCAGCCAAAAAAUACAGCAAUCCACCAAGGAUGACAAGGUCUGGUGGUCCUUUGAGUACUUUCCUCCUCGGACUGCCCAGGUAAUCCUGCUUUUAUCUUUGGAUCCAUCAGGGGAGAGCUUAUAUUGCCGGCAGGGCCUUCAAAAUCUACUAGAUCGUAUAGAACGUAUGAGAGCUUUGGGCCCAGAGUUCAUUGACAUCACCUGGAAUGCCGGUGGGCGGACCUCUGAUCUUACCGCAGAGAUGGUCAAGACAUGUCAAGGGAUAAUUGGGAUCGAGACCUGUAUGCACCUUACCUGCACGAACAUGCCCAAAGAAAAGGUCGACAUCGCCCUACGAGAAGCAAAGAAAUCCGGAUGUCGUAAUGUCCUCGCCCUUCGUGGAGACCCUCCCAUGGGCAAGGACGACUGGGAAGCCGUGGAGGGUGGAUUCGUUCAUGGGAUCGACCUUGUCACGCACAUACGGCAAAAAUAUGGAGACUAUUUUGACGUAGCGGUCGCCGGAUUCCCACAACAUCAACUGCUCCCGCCUGAGGAGCGUGACCAGGAGAUGAAGUAUUUGAAGGAGAAGGUCGAUGCUGGCGUCAGUUUUAUUUUCACGCAGAUGUUCUACGACGUAGAGGUCUUUAUUGCCUGGGUCAAGGCGGUCCGAAAAGCCGGCAUCACCAUUCCAAUUGUUCCUGGUAUAGCGCCUAUACAAACGUGGAACGGAUUCCAAAGAGCAACCAGUUUGGCGAAGACCAUCAUUCCUCAGUCUUUUUUAGAUGCGUUGGAGCCUUAUAAGAACGACGAUGAGAAGGUCAGGAAGAUUGGGACCAAAUUGGUGGCAGAUAUGUGUCGCAGAAUCCUUAAGGAGGAUAUUGGUAUUCGUGGCCUUCAUUUCUACACUAUGAACCUGGAGAAGGGAACGAAAAUGCUCUUAGAAGAGCUUAAUCUUGUCCCAAGGGUCGAAACCAUCAAGCCUCUGCCUUGGAGACAGUGUCUUACACCUAACCGUCGCAAGGAAACAAUCCGACCCAUCUUCUGGGCGAACAGGACUAAAUCCUACAUUUCUCGCACAGAAAACUGGGACGAGUACCCGAACGGUCGCUUCGGUGAUUCUCGCAGUCCCGCAUAUGGCGAGCUUGAUGGGUACGGUGUCUGGAUCAAGCAAACCAAAGAGGACGCUAUCAAGCUGUGGGGCGAACCGAAAUCGUUGGAUGACGUGACAACUCUUUUCGCCAAGUUUUGCAAGGGAACAUUAUCCGCGCUGCCAUGGUCUGAUCAAGCACCAGCAAUCGAGACAUCCGUCAUCGCGAAUCAGCUAGCGCAGAUGAAUGAACUAGGAUUUUUUACCAUCAACUCACAGCCGGCUGUCGAUGGCGUAAGAAGCGACGACAAAGUAUUCGGGUGGGGUCCAAGCAACGGAUACGUCUAUCAGAAGGCUUACCUUGAGUUCUUCGUUCAACCCGUCCUGCUUUCCCUUCUGCUCUCGCAUAUUGAGCGGGAUAGCAAUAUCACAUACUACGUUAUCAAUAAGCGUGGCGACUUGCGAACUAACACCCAUUCUGAUGGACCCAAUGCCGUGACGUGGGGAGUAUUUCCUGGGAAAGAGAUCGUACAACCUACAAUCGUGGAAGCCGUCAGCUUCAUGGCGUGGAAGGACGAGGCCUUCGAACUCGGUCAGCAAUGGGCCAAGGUCUAUGACGCCGACUCUCCUUCCCGAAAGGUAAUAUCCGAUCUCAUGGACACAUGCUUCCUGGUCAACGUCGUUCACAACGAUUUCCACGAUCCGGACGCGAUUUUCAAACCCUUCUUCCGGGCGGGUGCUGAGUACAAGGCAUCUCUUCUCAACGGAAAUGGUAACGCCAAUUAGAGACCCCUUGUCAGAUCAUGUCCCUUGCACAAUUGCUGUAUCUUUCCUUCUAUCCGCUCGCUACUGUUUUUUUAACUGUAUCAUUACUCGGGUUCAACCCCCGGUGUUUUUUUACGUCUUCCUUUCUGCAUAUCCCACAUUAUCCACCAAGUAUUUCAACAUCACACUAGCACAUCACUUUAUACUCUGCAUCAACUGCAUACAUACUGCAUCCAAC